GCCUGCCGCCCGCCGCCCGCCCGGCUUCCCCGUCAGCCCCUCACCGUGCGAGACGCAGCCCAGCACAGGAUUUGCGAGUCUCGCUGCGCGCCAGGCCCCCCUCCAGAAAUUUCCUUAAUUGCUCCUCAGUAAAUACUUGCUGAGUGAAUGAAUCCGCGAAUGGAUGUUUUUCUCUGGCAGGCAGUGGGGCCAUGUUGGCAGACUUGAAGAAAUUUUACUGAUGUUCAAGAUAUUUCUAAUUAUCAUUUGUCUUCAUGUUGUUCUGGUUACAUCCUUGGAAGAGAAUGCUGAUAAUUCCAGUUUGUUAUCACCAUCUGUUGAAUCAUCUUUUGUUGGUUUUGUCCCCUACUCCAAUGAGGUUGAAACUACAAGCCUAAAUGAUGCUACUUCAAGCGUAUUAUCUACUUUAAACAAAACAGAAAAAACUAAAAUCACUAUAGUAAAAACCUUCAAUGCAUCAGGAGUCAAACCCCAGAGAAAUAUCUGCAAUUUGUCAUCUAUUUGCAAUGACUCAGCAUUUUUUAGAGGUGAGAUAAUGUUUCAAUAUGAAGAAAGCAAUGUUACUCAGAAUCAAAAUAUGGCUAAUGGCACCUUAUCUGGAAUCCCAUCUCUAAGGGAAUCAAAACGAUCAGAGCUCAACAAAACCCUGCAAACCUUAAGUGAGACUUACUUUAUAGUGUGUGCUACAGCAGAGGCCCAGAGCACAUUAAAUUGUACAUUCACAAUAAAAAUGAAUAAAACAAUGAACAUAUGUGCUAUAAUGGUUGCUUUGAAAAAAGUAAAGAUCCAACCAAUGGAGCAGUGCUGCUGUUCUGUCAGGAUACCCUGCCCUUCCUCCCCGGAAGAGUUGGGAAAACUGCAGUGCGACCUGCAGGAUCCUGUUGUAUGUCUUGCUGGUCAUCCAGAUGGCUCACCAUUUUCUUCUUCUAGCAAUUCCAUCCCAGCUGCUCCCCAGACCACUAUUCUGUCCCAGGUCUCCAGUACCUUCUCUUUUGCUGAGCCUCUAAAUCCUCCACCUGUAACCCUGAGCCCUCCCUCUCCAACACGAGUGAUUCAGCUUCCUUCUCCCCAGCCUUCAGCUUCCCUAUCUUCCAGCCCUGCCAUUGACAUGCCACCCAAUUCUGGAACAGUCUCUUCUUCUAUGACCCAAACUGAUCUUUCCUACACACUACCACCUAUGAAAUCCUCACUUUCCUCUCUUACCACAUCUGCCCCUGUGAAUGUCAUCACAACCAGCACACCUCCUAACAAGACAGAAAUUGUUCAUACCAGCAGCAUCAGUGAUUCUGAUCUUGAGAACCAAGUGUCCCAAAUGGAGAAGGCUCUAUCCUUGGGCAGCUUGGAGCCUAACUUCGCGGGAGAAAUGAUAAAUCAUGUCAGUAAACUCCUUCAUUCUCCACCUGCCUUGCUGGCUCCUCUGGCCCAAAGAUUGCUAAAAAUAGUGGAUGACAUCGGUUUACAACUGAAUUUUUCAACCAAGACCAUAACUCUAACCUCCCCUUCUUUGGCUCUGGCUGUGAUUAGAGUCAAUGCUAGUAAUUUCGACACAACUACCUUUGCUGCCCAAGACCCAGCAAAUCUUCAGGUUUCUCUGGAAACUCAGGCUCCUGAGAACAGUAUUGGAAUUAUUACUCUGCCUUCAUCACUGAUGAGUAAUUUACCAGCUAAUGAUGUGGAGCUUGCUUCCAGGGUUCAGUUCAACUUCUUUGAAACACCUGCCCUGUUUCAGGACCCUUCCCUGGAGAACUUCUCUCUGAUCAGCUACGUCAUAUCGUCCAGUGUUGCAAACCUGACUGUUAAGAACUUGACAAGAAAUGUGACGAUUACAUUAAAGCACAUCAACCCGAGCCAGGAAGACUUAACAGUGAGAUGUGUAUUUUGGGACUUGGGCAGAAAUGGUGGCAGAGGAGGCUGGUCUUCAGACGGCUGCUCUGUUAAAGACAGGAAGCUGAAUGAAACCAUCUGUACCUGCAGCCACCUUACAAGCUUUGGUGUCUUACUGGACCUGUCUCGAACAUCCUUGCCACCUGCUCAGAUGAUGGCUUUGACGUUUAUCACAUAUAUUGGUUGUGGGCUUUCAUCAAUUUUUCUUUCGGUUACUCUGGUCACCUAUUUAGCCUUUGAAAAGGUUCGGAGGGAUUACCCUUCGAAAAUCCUCAUCCAGCUGUGUGCAGCUCUUCUCCUGCUGAACGUGGUAUUCCUCCUGGAUUCUUGGAUAGCCCUGUAUAACAUGCGAGGCCUCUGCAUCUCCGUGGCUGUAUUUCUGCAUUAUUUUCUGUUGGUCUCAUUCACAUGGAUGGGCCUGGAAGCAUUUCAUAUGUAUCUGGCCCUCGUGAAAGUGUUUAAUACUUAUAUCCGGAAAUACAUCCUUAAAUUCUGCAUUGUCGGUUGGGGGGUACCCGCUGUGGUUGUGACCAUCGUCCUGGCUAUAUCCCCAAAUAACUAUGGCCUUGGAUCCUAUGGGAAAUUCCCCAAUGGCUCACCCGAUGACUUUUGCUGGAUCAACAGCAAUGCUGUAUUCUAUAUUACAGUUGUGGGAUAUUUCUGUGUGAUCUUUUUGCUGAAUGUCAGCAUGUUCAUUGUGGUCCUGGUUCAGCUCUGUCGAAUUAAAAAGAAGAAACAACUGGGAGCCCAGCGGAAAACCAGUAUUCAAGACCUCAGGAGCGUUGCCGGCCUUACAUUUUUACUGGGCAUUACUUGGGGUUUUGCCUUCUUUGCCUGGGGACCAGUUAACGUCACUUUCAUGUAUCUCUUUGCAAUCUUUAACACAUUGCAAGGGUUUUUCAUAUUCGUCUUUUACUGUGUAGCAAAAGAGAACGUCAGAAAGCAAUGGAGACGGUAUCUUUGUUGUGGAAAGUUCCGGCUGGCUGAAAAUUCUGACUGGAGUAAAACUGCUACUAAUGGUUUAAAGAAGCAGACUGUAAACCAAGGAGUGUCCAGCUCUUCAAAUUCCUUACAGUCAAACAGUAAUUCCACGCACUCCACCACGCUGCUGGUGAAUAGCGAUUGCUCAGGCCUUUCGAGUGGGAAUGGGAAUGCUUCUACCGAGAAGAAUGGUGUUUCUUUCAUUGUUCAGAAUGGAGAUGUGUGCCUUCAUGAUUUCACUGGAAAGCAGCACAUGUUUAAUGAGAAAGAAGAUUCCUGCCAUGGUAAAAACCGUAUCGCUCUCAGAAGGACUUCAAAGCGGGGAAGCUUACACUUUAUUGAGCAAAUGUGAUUCCUUUUUUUCUAAAAAUCAAAGCAUGAUGCUUGACAGUGUGAAAAUGUCCAAUUUUACCUUUUACACAAUGUGAGAUGUAUGAAAAUCAACUAAUUUUAUACUCAGCAACCUCUGGAGGAGCCUAUGCUGAUUGAGGGCAAUGGUUAUUAGAAGAGGAAACCAAGACAUUAUACAUGGUUUUUAGACAUUUGCCAUUUGGUUUUUUUAUCCUUCAUUUAAAAAGUAGGUUGGGUUUAAACAACACAGUAAGAAUAAGUCUCAUUUAAAAAUCAAAGUAGUUCACUUCUAGCCGCAUUUUAAAGAGGCUAAGUCAUAUUUGAUUACGUCCUAUAAGGUAACUGUUGACUUCAGCCUGUUGGUGAGUUUAGUUGUGCCUGCCUUUGUUGUAAAUAAGCUAAAUUUUAGUGACGCACAUGUCAGAUGCCUUCUACAUUUUUUGUAUUUAUUUUCUACUGUGUAAAUUGAUUUAUUUGUGGAAUCGUGGUUGUGUUAUUGCGUCUAAUGUGAUAAUUCAGAAAAUCCUUGCUGGUUCAGUGAAUUCUACAGCUCCUUUUGGAGAUUAUAUGGGAUGUGAAAUAUAGAUGCUUCACUGAAAUCAAGAAAUAACGAUGCCAGCCAGACUGGAGAAAUGUAAGCAGACAGUGCCACAGUGAGCUCAUAUGGGGCCUUGAGUGAGUUGGAAAGAGGUGCCCCCCACUGGGCAGACACGGCCCGAGGGCUUAUGGUUUGGCAGACAAAGUGGGGGCCAUAUUUUAGCUCCGUUCAUCACUUGGGUACACCCUCAUGCAGGGCACCAUGUGUACAACCACGCACAGCAUCCAAUACCAAUACCCCUCUCCUGACCUCAUCCCUGAUCACCAGAUUAUGAAAUCUGCACCAAGAUGAUUAACUUAGUACCUUGGCCCUGGAGAGGGAUAGAACUGUAAUCUAGACCAUCUGUCAAGAAAAUUGUGAAUGUGGACGAGAUACAUACACUGCCACUUCUCAGAUCCCCAGAGCCUUUCAGAAAAGGGGAAUAGAGUAGGAUUCAUUUUUAAAGGAGAUGUAUAUGAGGUUAAAAAAAUCAUAUUGCUGUUCUUUAAAGGGCAACUGGAUAGUACAUUAGUUGCUAUGACUGGUACACUCUGGCCCAGCCAGAGCUAUAAUUAUUUCUUAAAAGGUGUCAAGUCUUGAAGAAUGUGUAGUGACAAGGGGGAGCAGCUGUUGGGAACUAUCCUGCAAUGCUAUUGUUGCCAUAUGUAUCAAACCCUGACUGCUCCUAGUUGUAAAGGGUUUAUCUUGCUUCCCACCUAUUGCUGCCUGAGCAAUGCCUCAAGUGUGUCCUGAAUAGGAACCUUGCAAAACCCUGUAGUUAGGUCUUUCACGAUGGUUCCCUUGCAUAUAUUUCAAGUGAAUGUUGUAUCCCUGACUAACCACAGUAAUAAUAUAAUACACCUCUGUGAGUGCUGAUUUGUCUUUGCAAUAUUUCUUCUGAUUUAUUUAAUUUUCUUGUAUUUAUGUUAAAAAUCAACAAAAAUGUUCAAAUCACCAAAAUAAAUUUGUAGUUCAGUC